AUGAGCUCCCCCGUGGUGCUCAACUCUCGAGUUGUCGCACGCGGUCCAUUGGACCCCGCCGAAGCGAGAUGGAAAAGACUGGUCAAAACUACAUUUUCCGAUCCCAACGGGGUCGAGAGAACGUGGGAAUCGGCAGGGCGCCAGACAAGACCAGCAGACUCCCUGGUCGAUGGCGUCGGAAUAGUCACAAUACUCAAUAAGGCAACGGGCCCUGAACUCCUGCUUGAAAAGCAAUAUCGCCCCUCUAUUGAUAAAGAAGUAAUUGAGAUUCCUGCUGGAAUGAUAGAUGCGGGAGAGACCGUCGAGGAUUGUGCGGUACGCGAGCUCAAAGAGGAAACGGGCUAUGUUGGCGUGGCACAGCAGACCAGCACCAUCAUAUCCGGCUUCUGCAACACCAAUUUCAACCUGGUCUAUAUUCACGUCGACAUGUCCCACCCUGACAACCAGAAUCCCAAGCCACAGCUUGAGGACAGCGAGUUUAUCGAGUGCUUCUCAGUGCCGCUGACUUCAUUAUGUACGGAGUUGAAAAGGCUGGAUGGGGAAGGCUAUGCGAUUGAUGCCCGUGUGGUAUAA